GAAUACGUGUGGUGUGACGUCACGGUAUCGCGAGAUGAGACUUGUGUGCGACUGGAUUAGUUGUCCGGCAGGAGCGAAGGAGUCGGACGUUGUGGUCGCUGCGGGAGUGUGAGUCGGGGAUACGCGGGUGUGUCUCGUCAGGGAAUUCAGGAGUGUCCCGGGAACGUCAGGCCUAACAACCGGGCGGCACUGCUGCAAAUUCUGAACCGGAAGAGGAGGAGCAAGGGGCGUGUCCUGGCUGCCAGUGAGGGCUCAGUGUGGAGAUGGGGCUCCCAGUGUCACAGCCAGUGAAUCAGGGGGGGAACCCAGACAUUUAAGGGCCACAGAGCAGCCCCCCUUUAUUCUCACAGACACCUCUGAAUCGCUGGCCCCGCUAAGCUGCUGGGAGUUACGCUGCUGGGAGUUGCUGGAGCUACAGGUGGAAUAUUUACCCCCCACGUCCUGUAGGUGAUGCCCACAUGCAGCUUGUGCUAGAGAUGGCGGCCACCACCGAAAAUCUGCAACUGCCAGUGGGAAGUGAGGAGGGGGAGGGGACUACCUUCCUGGCUCCACCCCCUGCCCCUCCUCUCCCGCCCUCUAAAGCAGAAGUCCAGCCCAAAGCUACAACAGAAGUGGAGGAGCAACUCCAGGUCCCUCGGGGGCCACGCAAUGGAUUCCAGGGGAAGAGGAGGAACAGUUUCCAUGUUGGAUUUAAGCAGCCGGUUCCAUUCAAACGGCGUCGGAGGGUGAACUCUGAUUGUGACCCUGUUCUGCCCUCCAACUUCCUCCUCGGGGGCAACAUAUUCGACCCCCUAAACCUUAACAGUCUGCUGGACGAGGAAGUCAACCGCACUCUCAAUGCGGAAACCCCAAAAUCUUCGCCCCUCCCAUCCCGGAAUAGGGACCCGGUGCAGAUUCUCAUUCCUAAAGACAUUACGGAUCCACUUUGCCUCAAUGCUAAUUCCGGGGAGCUCCUUCUCUCACCCCUAAAGAGCGGCAGGAAAAGGCACAGGCACCGGCACCACCCCUCAACUGAUGCACCUUCUAAGGCUCCUGUGGGAGUGGCUGAGGAAGCAGAGCCCGCCCCCGAGGAGCCACAGCCAUAUGAACUGAACACAACGAUUAACUGCCGAGAUGAAGUGGUGACUCUCCCAGUUCUGGAGAAUGAGCCGGUGGCCCCGUCAGUCAGUUCUUCGUCCGUAUCCAACUCCCGGCAUCGGAAAAGGAGGAGGACAACGAGCAAAUCCGAAGGGAAAGCUGGAAGCCCGGAGAGGGGGAAGAGCCUGUCAGCUGAGAGAUCCGCCCCCAGGCCACAUGCUCCUAAAUCUCAAGCAAAGGGUAAAAACCGAUUCCUGCAUGGGAACUAUUGCCGUUACUAUGGUUACCGGAACCCCUGCCAUUUGGAGGACCCUCGCCUCCGUGCACUCAAACCCGAGUGGUUUCUGGGUAAAUCAGUGUUGGACAUUGGCUGCAACGUGGGUCAUGUGACUCUGUAUGUGGCCAAGAACAUGGGGCCCUCGCGUGUAGUUGGACUGGACAUUGAUGGGACGCUGAUAAACGCCGCACGCCAGAACAUUCGCCAUUACCUGUCGGAUGAAAGUAAGAGAGUCGGGGGGUUCCCAGCAGGACUGGUUGCCACUAGGGGGCCCAUUGCCGCUCCCUUACUCCAGCCAAAACAAGGAGACGACGAGGAGGAGGAGAGGAAAGUCUUUCCACACAAUGUGCUGUUUGUGCAGGGUAAUUACGUUCUGGAGAGGGAGGAGCUAGUGGAGGUGCAGCAGUCGGAGUAUGAUGUUAUCCUGUGUCUGAGUGUAACUAAGUGGGUGCAUCUGAAUUCGGGAGACCAAGGACUCAAGCGCAUGUUCCGCAGAAUCUACAGACACCUCCGCCCUGGGGGCACCCUCAUUCUGGAACCCCAACCCUGGGCAUCCUAUGGGAAGAGGAAGAAACUGACUGAGUCCAUAUAUAAGAAUUACAGUAGGAUUUCGUUCAGACCGGAGCAGUUUACAACAUACCUGGUGUCCCCUGAGGUCGGAUUCUCCAGUUAUGAGCUUAUAGCGACCCCCCAGAAUCCUUCUAAAGGGUUCCAGAGAGCUGUUUAUGCUUUUUACAAGAGCGCCCCCUGUGCUGACGCUGAGAAGCCUCCUGCCUCGUGCUCCGGUGCUGCUCCUGCAUGUGGGCGGGGAAAUAUGGAUUAACUGCCCCACACCCACCCACCAGUUUUUUGUUUUAUUUUGCCACAAAUCUUUAUUUUUUAUGGAAAAGCAACGCAUUACGUGUCUGCCUGAUAGCGAGACCCUUUGCAAAUAUAAUCAGAGAUUUUGAA